AUGCUUGCUAAUGAUAUGACGGUGAGGCGUUGGGUCGGUCAGACACUACGGCUUGAGUUAGUCGAUGGACGUAUAAUUGAGGGGAAGUUUUGUUGCACCGACAAUGUGCCAAACAUCAUUCUCAGCGGUUGCAAGGAACAAUGGAAAAACGAAUCAGAAUCACGAAUUGUCGGACUUGUAAUGGCAAGCGGCAAGCAUAUACGAUCAAUUCAUGUUGUGAAUACAGUGACGUGUACGUGA